AUUCAAAAUACCAGGAGUCCAGGAACAGACGUCAUUUCUUUGAAAUUUAAAACUCUGCAGAGUGAGGGGAUUCUAUUCCACAGGGACGGACGGAAUGGAAAUUGCAUCACCCUGGAGUUAGUGAAAGGAAAACUCAUUUUAUUCAUAAAUUCAGGCAACGCCACGCAACCCUCACCACCUGGCCAGGGUGGCCUGGCGCUGGGCAGCCUGCUGGAUGAUGGGCACUGGCACACAGUGCGGCUGGAGUGCUCUGGCCAGGGCCUGAACCUCACGGUGGACAGGCACUCGAGACCCAUCGGGGCACCAGCGGAGCUGUGCCAUGCGGACCUGGACCCUGAGAUCAGCUUUGGAGGGAUUUUAGCGCCAGGAAAGCCAAUGGUGUUUCCAAGGAAAAACUUUCGUGGAUGCCUAGAAAACAUUAAUUUUAAUGGAGAGGAUGUCAUUGGUUUGGCCAAGCAGCAGGGACCACAGAUCCUCGUCAUGGGAACCGUCGCCUUUGCCUGUGCGCACCCCCAGACCGUGCCCGCCACGUUUCUGAGCGCGCAGAGCCACUUGGCGCUGCCCGGCUCCCCCGGGGCGGACGGGGCCUCCGUCAGCUUCCAGUUUCGCACGUGGAACCGCGCGGGGCUGCUGCUGUCCUGGGGGACCCGCCUGGGCUCCGGGGGCUUCUUCCUCGCGCUCCAGGACGGGAGGCUCCACGUGGGUCCGCGCGCAUCCCCGGGACAGGCGCAGAGCGGCGGCCGCACAGGUGUUGGAUUAAAUGAUGGGCAAUGGCAUUCUGUCUCAGUGACGUCCACGUGGGGCCACCUGAGCGUGAUGGUGGACGAUGACGUGGCCUCCACCGUCCACAGCACGGUACCUGUGGGGGUCCACCCGGGCGAUGCCUACCACUUUGGAGGGUGCCCCGCUCACGGCUCUGGCUCUGACUGCAGCCGAUCGCUGGGACCACUGGGCGGAUUCCAGGGGUGUCUGCGGCUCAUCUCCAUCGACGGCCAGGAGGUGGAUCUGAUCUCGGUGCAGCAGGGCGCUGUGGGGAACUUCAGCGACCUUCUGAUUGACACCUGCGGCAUCCUGGACAGGUGAGGGCAGCGAAGGGCUCAGAGUGUGAGGGCAGCCCACCUGCAGGGGCUCAGAGUGGCCGUCCACAGGGGAAACGGUCUCUCCCCCACCUGGAAGGGUUCGGAGUGGACAUCCACAGGGGAAACGGUCUCUCCCCCACCUGGAAGGGCUCGGAGUGGACGUCCACAGGGGAAAUGGUCUCUACCCCACCUGGAAGGGCUCAGAGUGGCCGUCCACAGGGGAAACAGUUUCUCUCCCACCUGGAAGGGCUCGGAGUGGCCGUCCACAGGGGAAACGGUUUCUCUCCCCCACUGGAAGGGUUCAGAAUGGACGUCCACAAGGGAAACGAUUUUUCUCCCCAGCCUGCAUCACAGGAAGCGAGAGGGCUGUUUCCCGUGAAAAGUCAGGAAGACAGUGUCAACAAUUGCACACAGUAGCUUGUUUCAGGUGACAGUGCUGGGUGGAAGGCACGGCUCUUGGAUACUGUGGAAGGCGCCGCAGGCAUCCGUGGGUCCUUGAAGAGGAGCCUCUGGAGGGCAAAACCCGGGGAAGUGUUGGGAAAGCUGAAGUGUGGCAGAAACGAUCAGGCUCUGAACCGGAAUCACGUGGGCAGACAGGACAGCUGGGCCCAUGCCCUUCCUGUUGUAAGUGGUAAUAUGUUUUUGAAUAAACAUUGCAGUUCAAAAACCCUCCUUUUUCACCUGGGCAAGGAAUUCAGUCAGAAAAAGCUUUCAAAUACUUUUAAAUCUCUCUUCAGGUGUAUCGAAUCUCCUAGUCCUAGUUUAAAAAAUCAUAGGAACCCAGUGCUGUGUUUCACCAAAUGUAUUACCAUUUACAAAUCAUCUUCAACAAUAAAGAAAACACAAUUCCCACCACUUAAAUGACUUCCCGCCACUUUUUAAACUCAGAGCCAGUUCCCCAUAUGUACACAUUACACUGAUUUUAAGUGGAAAAUUCUCUGAUAAAAAUUUGUGUAAGAAGACUUUAGCCAGUAAACCUGAACUUCGAGGUUUUGAUUUAGUGGUGUUUGGGUGU